AUGUUUGUUACGGAUACUUCUCCAGUUUGUUUGAGGAUUAAAUAUAAAAAAAAUAUUAUAACUAAAAAAAUGUGCAUUUACAAGGUUUUGCUACAAUCAAUGUUGGUUUUCUACACUUGGAAGUACACAGAUGCUAAUUUGAGUGCUGUUGCGGUGUAUUCCAUGCUAGGUGCUAAAAUAGAUGUGAUUAAUAGUGAAAUGGCCUUGUUACGUCGGGUUCUUAUGUCAACCAAAUCAGAACUGAAGUCGACCAAAGCUGAACUGACAUUUACUCAGACAAAACUGAAAUCAACUCAAGCAGAAGUUGACCUGAUCAAAUCACAAUGUGGAUUAGUCACAGGAAUCUACACAAAUACAACAUCUCCAAUCUCUCCAAGCACCUCAUCUGAAGAUGAAACAUGUCAAGAUGUUAAAAAGGCAUUUGUGAGAAAGAAAGCAGAACCGGACCAGACAAGACAAGAUAUAGAAAACUUGAUAGAGAAGAAAAUGGCUGAAGUAAAUGAAGAUAUUGCAAGAAAUAGCGAGGGGUUGGUAUCCAUGGAGACUAAAAUAGACAAACUUGCUGUAGACUUAGUUAGCUUCAGGAACAACAGUGACAAACAGUUGGUAAAGAUUGGACAAGAGGUAAAAGUGUUGACCGGAGAGAUGGCAAGUUACAACUUGGAAAUGGUGAAAAAGGAGACAGAAAUUAUAAAAACUAAUAACAAUUUAUAUGUCUUAUCUAAAAACUUUGACAACCUUACACAACAAAUGAGAAAUGAAAUGAAAGAUAUCAAGGAAGAGAUGUCAAAUAACACUCUUAAUCAAAUAAAUUUGGAAAGGAAAGUGGCAAAGGAAACUGAGAAUCUCCAGGCACUAUCCAACAACCAUGAAAAACUUUCCAUGAAGGUUGAACAACAACAGAAUAACUUUGAUAAAGAGAUACAAAAUAAAACAAUGUGUCAGAUUAAAACCAGAUCAGAGUUAGAAAAACUUUCAAGAGACCUCAAUGACUUAUCAAAUACUCAAACCAGGCUUGCUGAGACAGUUCAAAACCAGAAGUCACAAAUCACAGAGGUUGUAAAAUCUGAAAUGGAGAAGACUGAGCAUUGUCAAUCAGGUCUUGUCCAUCAUUGGCAUACCAGCAGUCCAUUUCCUAUCACAUUUACAAUAACUUUCAAGAAGCCUUUUACAAACACACCUGCAUUUACCAUGGGUGCUUCACUGCUUGACUUCGAACAAAACAGAAAUUUAAGACUAAUAUUGACUGUGGAAGAAUUAUCAAAGGAACAAGCAAAAGUACAUGCUAAAAUAUGGGCUGAUACAGUAAUCCAUGCUGCUGGUUUUCAUUGGAUGGCUUGCCCAACUUAAAAAUUGCAUAAAUAUCAUAAUGCUAAGUGACCAUUUACUUAUGUUUGAUUCUGUCAGCAUUUUUUCCCCGAUUUGUGAAUGGGUCCAGUAUGUACCAUGAAAAUUAUGGGGAAAAAAUCGUUAAUUGUGACUUUCUUCUAUAAAGGAAAAUUUAUAUAUGCAGUUACUUUAAUCAUACAAUACACUCGGAUUGUUUCUUAUAUAAUCUGUUCCUUUUCUUUCUUACAUCAAAAUACUAUUUUGUAACCCAAAUGACCUUUUUUUUCAGAUAUUUCACAAGAAAUUCACCAUUCUUUAAGGGCUUUUUUGUCUGUUACAUUAUCCUUUAUUAUUUGGUUACCGUCAGACUAAUUUUAUACACGCAGCUUCAAAACAUCUUUGUAAUCAUAGUAUGAAACAAUCAAAAUACUUUAUCUGUAAUUCAAUACCACUAAUAAAGAUUGCUGUGUUAUGUUCAAUUUUGGACUGCUAAAAUAAAGCUGAG